GCUUCUUUGGAGAAGUAAGUAGCUACCAAAAAACGAAAUGGGUAGUUUAGGAUUAGCAAUGGAGAGUAGAUGGCGAUGGUCCACAGCCAGAGGGGGUGGAAAUCCCUCAAUCAUAAUGCGGUUGCAGAGAAUCAAAGGAAGCGCCUGCGCCUGCCCCCCUUCCUUAUCACCACUUCUCUCACUCAAGGCUGCGGGAUCCCUGUUGGGUACCAAGAGGCCCGAUGCGUUUGGGAGAUAUGGGAAAUAUGGGGGCAAAUACGUCCCCGAGACAAUUAUGCAUGCGCUCUCCCAACUGGAAUUAGCCUUCCAUGCAAUCAAAGCAGACAAGAGCUUUCAGAAAGAGCUGGCCGCCAUUCUCAAAGACUACGUGGGCCGCCAGUCACCACUCUACUUUGCAGAGAGGCUAACGGAGCAUUAUGGGGGAGGGCCCCAAAUUUACCUGAAAAGGGAAGAUCUCAAUCACACGGGAUCUUCCAAGGUGAACAACGCCAUUGCGCAAUCACUCCUCGCCAAACGCAUGGGAAAGCAACGGGUAGUGGCCGAGACUGGUUCAGGGCAGCAUGGCCUUGCAAUUGCCGCUGCCUCUGCCCGGCUCGGUUUGCAGUGCGUUGUGUACAUGGGCGGCCGUGAUAUGGAGCGCCAGGCCUCUAAUGUCAUUCAAAUGCGGCUUUUGGGGGCUGAUGUGAGGCCGGUUUUUUAUGGGUCCGCCGCAUUGAAGGACGCCACAUCGGAGGCUUUUCGGGACUGUGUUACGAAUGUGGAGAGCACGCACUAUAUCAUGGGCUCUGUCAUCGGUCCACAUCCGUACCCCAUGAUUGUACGGGAGUUUAAUGCUGUUGUAGGGAAAGAGACACGAAGACAGGCUAUGGAGAAAUGGGGGGGGAAGCCUGAUGUAGUGAUUGCUUGUGUUGGGCGGGGCUCAAACGCAAUGGGGAUGUUUCAUGAGUUUGUGAGUGAUGAAGAUGUGAGGUUGAUUGGUGUGGAAGGAGGAGGGUCGGGGCUGGAGAGUGGAAAGCAUGCGGCCACUUUGAGCAGAGGGGAGGUGGGUGUUAUGCACGGAGGGAUGAGCCUUUUGCUUCAGGAUGAUGAUGGGCAGAUCGUUGAGCCUUAUUCUAUCGCCUCCGGACUGAAUUACCCGGGCAUCGGACCAGAGCAUAGUUUUCUUAAGGAAAUUGGUCGUGCAGAGUACUAUAGCGUCACUGAUGAGGAGGCAUUAGAUGCUUUCCACCUGCUGUCGAGAUUAGAGGGCAUCAUACCUGCUCUUGAGACGGCUCAUGCGGUGGCUUAUCUCAGUAAACUAUGCCCUGAAUUGGGUGAGGGAAGCAAGGUGGUGCUCAAUUGUAGCGGUAGCGGAAUCAAGGAUGUUCAAAUCGCACUCAACCAUCCCCACCAUCUCAAACAACGUGUCGACUGUCACAGUUCAGCUUAAACAUGAACAUAUGUUAAUCAUAUUUUAAGUUUUAAUUUGUUUAGAUCUGAAUUUCACAUUAAUGGGUGAUAGUGUAAUUCUAAGCGC